AUGCCCUCCGCAAUCCCUUCCAUCACUCUCAACACCGGAGCAACUAUCCCAGCUAUCGGACUCGGAACCUGGCAAUCUCCCAAGGGCCAAGUCCGUGCAGCCGUAUUUCAUGCUCUCACCGAGACACCUGUGCGCCAUAUCGAUGCCGCUUACGUCUACCUGAACGAAAACGAGGUCGGGCAGGGUAUUCGUGAUGCCAUUGCAACGGGUAAAGUUACUCGCAAAGAUAUCUUUGUUACAACAAAAGUCUUUGUGACUUUCCAUAACCGUGUCCAACAAUCACUCGAUGAAUCCCUCAAAAACCUUGGCCUUGAUUACGUCGAUCUUCUUCUCGUCCAUUGGCCUGUUGGUCUUAAUCCUAAAGGCAAUCACCCAUUGCUUCCACGUAAUGCCGACCGCAAGUUUGACGUGGACCCUUCCUUUGAUCUGCUUGCUACUUGGCGCCAGUUUGAGGCUGCUUACCGUUCGGGUAAAACCCGAGCUAUUGGAGUUUCCAACUUUUCUGCUCCAGUUCUCUCAGAGCUCUUGUCUCAAAACAUCUCCGUCAUUCCUGCCGUUAAUCAGAUUGAGAGCCACCCGUUUCUCCCAGGCCCUGAAAUUACUGCACUGUGUGCUUCCCGCGGAAUUGUGGUCGAAGCCUACUCACCUCUUGGUUCCACGGGCGCUCCUCUGCUGACCAAUCCUAUAGUCAAGGAGCUUGCUGCAAAAUAUAAGGUUCCAGAGGCCACUAUUCUUAUUUCCUGGCACGUCAACGAGGGCCGUGUCGUACUUCCCAAGUCCGUGACUCCUGAACGUAUCUCAACUAACGCUGAGUGGGUCCAGUUGUCCAAGGAGGAUCUCCAGACUUUGGACGGAUUGUCAAAUACGUACGGCUUGAAGCGUGUUGUCAAGAUGAAGUGGGGGGUUGAUCUCAAGUUCCCCGAUUGGAGUGACAAGCCAGUUGCCAAGUUGUAA